GGCCACCCCGAGCCCUCGGCCCCCGCGAGUUGACGGAAGGGCCGCAGAGGGCGACUUUCGUGGGUGCCGUGGGUUCCCCCUGCCGCCCCCCCCCGACCCCCGGGUCAGCCCCGGGGCUCUCGCAGGGCCCGCCCGUGGCCGGGCCGAGGCGCAGCGGCCAUGGACUUCUCCAAGUUCCUGGCGGAAGACUUCGACGUGAAGGAGUGGAUCAACGCGGCCUUCAGGGCCGGCUCCAAGGAGGCGGCGGCGGGGAAGGCGGACGGCCACGCGGCCACGCUGGUGAUGAAGCUGCAGCUGUUCAUCCAGGAGGUGAACCACGCCGUGGAGGAAACAAGUCACCAGGCUCUUCAGAACAUGCCCAAAGUGCUCCGUGAUGUUGAAGCCCUUAAACAGGAGGCGUCUUUCCUAAAAGAACAAAUGAUCCUUGUCAAGGAGGACAUUAAAAAAUUUGAACAGGAUACAUCUCAAUCGAUGCAGGUACUGGUGGAAAUUGACCAGGUAAAGUCCAGAAUGCAGCUUGCCGCCGAGUCUCUUCAAGAAGCAGACAAGUGGAGCACACUAAGUGCCGAUAUCGAGGAGACAUUUAAGACUCAAGACAUAGCUGUGAUUUCUGCCAAGCUGACAGGUAUGCAGAACAGCUUAAUGAUGCUUGUUGAUACACCAGACUACUCAGAAAAAUGUGUGCACUUGGAGGCAUUGAAGAACAGGCUGGAAGCCCUGGCCUCUCCCCAGAUUGUGGCGGCGUUCACCUCUCAGUCUGUAGAGCAGUCCAGAGUGUUCGUGAAGGUGUUUACUGAAAUUGACAGGAUGCCCCAGUUGCUCGCCUACUACUACAAAUGUCACAAGGUGCAGCUUUUAGCAGCCUGGCAAGAACUGUGUCAGAGUGAUCUCCCCCUGGACCGACAGCUCACUGGAUUCUAUGAUGCCUUGCUCGGGGCUUGGCAUACGCAGAUCCAGUGGGCAACGCAGGUUUUCAAGAACCCCCACGAGGUGGUGACUGUGCUGCUGAUUCAGACUCUGGGGGCCUUGCUGCCCACUCUACCUGACUGCCUCAGCUCCGGCGUGGAGAGGGCAGGGCCUGAGCUGGAGCUCCUCAAGCUGCUAGAGUUCUAUGACGCCACCGCCCACUUUGCCAAGGGGUUGGAAAUGGCACAGCUCCCCCACCCACAUGAGUACAACCUGGUGAAAGUCACAGAACUGGUGGAGGCUGUGUAUGGUCCAUACAAACCCUACCAGCUGAAGUAUGGUGACCUGGAAGAGAAGAACGUCCUCAUCCAAAUCAGCGCGGUGCCUUUGGAGCACGGGGAAGUCAUUGACUGCGUGCAGGAGCUGAGCCACUCUGUGAACAAGCUGUUUGGUCUGGCUUCUGCAGCCGUUGACAGAUGCAUCAGAUUCACCAAUGGCCUGGGGACCUGUGGCUUGCUGGCAGCAUUGAAAUCCCUCUUUGCCAAGUAUGUGUCUGAUUUCACCAGUACUCUCCAGUCAAUACGAAAGAAGUGCAAGCUGGAUGAUAUUCCUCCCAACUCGCUUUUUCAAGAAGAUUGGACAGCUUUUCAGAACUCCAUCAGGAUAAUAGCCACCUGUGGCGAGCUCUUACGGCAAUGUGGGGACUUCGAGCAGCAGCUAGCAAACAGGAUUUUGUCCACAGCUGGCAAAUAUCUCUCUGACUCCUACAGUCCUCGAAGCCUGGCUGGUUUUCAGGACAGUAUCUUGACAGACAAGAAGAGCUCUGCCAAGAACCCAUGGCAAGAAUAUAAUUAUCUCCAGAAAGAUAACCCGGCCGAAUAUGCCAGUUUAAUGGAAAUACUUUACACCCUUAAGGAAAAAGGGUCUAGUAACCACAACCUGCUGUCUGCGUCUCGCAUAGCGCUGACUCGGCUUAACCAGCAGGCCCACCAGCUGGCUUUCGAUUCCGUUUUCCUGCGCAUCAAACAGCAGCUGCUUCUCGUUUCCAAGAUGGACAGCUGGAACACAGCAGGCAUUGGCGAUACCCUGACCGACGACCUGCCUACCUUCAGUCUCACUCCCCUGGAGUACAUCAGCAAUAUUGGGCAGUAUAUCAUGUCCCUCCCCCUGAAUCUUGAGCCUUUUGUGACUCAGGAGGACUCUGCCUUGGAGCUGGCUCUGCACGCUGGGAAGCUGCCCUUUCCUCCUGAGCAAGGGGACGAAUUGCCCGAGUUGGACAACAUGGCUGACAACUGGCUGGGCUCCAUUGCUAGAGCCACAAUGCAAACCUACUGUGAUGUGAUCCUGCAGAUCCCCGAGCUGACCCCGCACUCCACCAAGCAGCUGGCCACCGACAUCGACUAUCUGAUCAAUGUGAUGGAUGCCCUGGGCUUGCAGCCAUCCCGCACACUCCAGAACAUCGUGACGCUCUUGAAGACCAAACCUGAGGAUUACAGGCAGGUCAGCAAAGGCCUGCCCCGUCGCCUUGCCACCACGGUGGCUGCCAUGCGGAAUGUGGAUUACUGACCACCCCCUGCACCUGGUUGAGAAGAGGCCCAAAGCUGGGGUUUUGGGGUCACAGCAACUCUUCAGAAUGGAUUUGCUCAAAAAUUCUGCCUGGUACUGGGCAGGAUUUCAAAACGACUUGCUUCAUUUGUAUAAUCCAAAAAAAAAAAAGUUGUAAAUUAGAAGCAUAUUAUUCAUUAGAGUUUUCAGAUGAUUUUCUAAAUGAUCUGAUCUUGAAAACAGAAUUGAUAAAUACUGUGAAAUGAAA